GGGCGCUGCUUGCGGCUGCGAUAGGUCUCGUGGUAAGCACGAGCUGCAUGGUGCGCGGCGCCCAUGGCCACGACUACCGCGCCGCGCUCGCCAUGUCGCUGCUCUACUUCGAGGGCCAGCGCUCCGGCCGGCUGCCGCCGAGCCAGCGCGUCCAGUGGCGCGGCGACUCGGCUCUCGGCGACGGAGGAGACCACCGCGUCGACCUCACCGGCGGCUACUACGACUCCGGCGACAACGUCAAGUUCGGUUUACCCAUGGCGUUCACCGUGGCGACGCUGUCGUGGAGCGUCGUGGAGUACAGGGACAGGCUCGACGCGGCGGGCGAGCUGGGACACGCUCUCGACGCCGUCCGGUGGGGCGCCGACUACCUCGCCAGGGCGCACGCGUCGGCCGGCGGCGGCGGCGAGGCGCUGUACGUGCAGGUCGGCGACGGCGACUCCGACCACUCGUGCUGGCAGCGCCCCGAGGACAUGGACACGCCCCGCACGGCCUACAUGGUGAACGCCUCCAGCCCCGGCUCCGACGUCGCCGCGGAGACGGCUGCCGCGCUCGCCGCCGCCGCCGUCGCGUUCACGGGCGCCGACGCCAGCUACGCCUCCACGCUCCUGGUGCACGCCAAACAGCUGUUCGAGUUCGCCAAGAACCACCGUGGACUGUACCACAACAGCGUGCCAUCAGCUGCAAAGUUCUACGCAAGCAGUGGCGACGAGGACGAGCUGCUCUGGGCGGCAGCCUGGCUCUACAUCGCCACCGCCGGCGAGGAAGAGUACGAUGGCUACAUCGCCGGUGCCACCAACCUCGGCGGCGUACGUUCCAUGUUCAGCUGGGACGACAAGUUCGUCGGAGCACAGGCAUUGGUCGCCAAGCUCGUCCUCCAGGGGAAGCUGCCCGGCGACGGCAGCCACGCCGAGAUGAAGAGCAACCUGGAGCAGUUCAUCUGCAACCUCGUCCUGCACGGCGGCGGCGGCGGCGGCGCCAGGCUCAGCCCCGGCGGCAUGCUGUGGUGGGACUCAUGGAACAACAUGCAGUACGUGACCCUGGCGUCCCUCGUCCUCGCCGUGCACGCCGACCACCUGACGGCGGCGGGGGCGGCGGCGGCGCUCCGGUGCGGCGGCGCUUCGCUGCCGCCGGCGCGGCUCACCGCGUUCGCGCGGUCGCAGGUGGACUACAUCCUUGGCACGAACCCGGAGACGACGAGCUACAUGGUCGGGUACGGCAGCAGGUACCCGGCGGAGGUGCACCACCGGGCGGCGUCGCUGCCGUCGAUCAAGUCCAGCCCGGCGAAGGUCACCUGCAAGGGCGGCUUCGACUACUUCAGCAAGGGCUCGCCGGACCCCAACGUGAUCGCCGGCGCCAUCGUCGGAGGGCCUGACGCCAACGACCUGUACAACGACUCCCGGCAGAAUUUCCGGCAGGCCGAGCCGUCCACCGUCACCGUCGCGCCCAUCGUCGGCGUUCUUGCAAGGCUUCUGCCUUAAAAUUGAUAGAGAUUCAUGUAUUCUGUCAAUGACAAGCAUGGACAGACAG